GCGGCAGUCAGUCAGUCAGUCAGCCCGGAGCCUCCGCCGUCAGCUCAGUGUGGAUCCUGUGCUCUGAUUAAAGAUGUCAGGAGGACUUCAUGAGGACUUCCAAAAGGCUCAGAGGACAAUAAAGCUUCACAUGAUGCUGGGAUGUGAAGUCUUGGUCAGCUAGCAGCUCCUGCGGCAAUGUGACAGACAUAUGAAGAAGACAGUUACUGAUGACUCAUGGCGACAAUGUCCCAAACAUGGUCCAUCCUCACUGUGACUGUGCUGGCCCUGCAGCUGUGCACAGGUGAGAAAUCCUGUGCCAUCUGGUCCAGCGCUGGACCUGUGGUGCAGCGAGGCUCCACUUUUAACGUGUACUGCACCUUUAACUGCAAGUGCAGGGGAUCCAUGUACAGCAACCAUCCGCCCACACUACAGAGCCACAAAGUGUUAAAUUCCACAACUAUUUAUUUUAAUGUGUUAAACAUAACCAAGAACAGAACUUUCAGCUGUCACUGUAACUGCCCUCCUGCUCUGGACCCCUGUGGACUGGACAUCUCAGCUGGAUAUCUUCCAGAGCGCCCUAAAAACAUUUCAUGCAUCUACAAGGUCAAAGAUAAAGAUAAGGGAGUCGUGCUCUGCACUUGGAACAGAGGACGAGAUACUUUCCUGAGGAAUAGUUCAGUGCUGGGGGUGAGAACUGCAUCUAGAAACGGCACAGAUGAACCAGUGUGGUACAAAGCCUCCAGUAAGGGAACUGAUUCACUGUCAGCUAGUUUCGACGUGUCCAGCUCUGUCCCGCUGAUCUCUGUGUGGGUCCGAGCCGAAAAUCCGCUCGGCACUGCAGAGUCCAUCACCAUCAACUACACACUCAGUGACAUUGCGAUGCCAUCGACUCCUGUUCUUGGCCAACCGGAGUGCUCUUCUCGAGACUGCAACAUCAAAGUGGAGCAAUCCAUGAGGACUCAGUACCUGGAGAUCCAACACAGAGCAGAGGCUCAGGCGUGGACAUCUUCUCCAUACUCAGGUGUGCAGAUGAGUGUGGUCCAGGUUAGUUCCUCUCUGGAGCCCUACACGUUGUACCAUUUCAGAGCCAGAUCCAAAUUCAGCACCGGCCUGUGGAGUCAGUGGAGCGCAAACAUUUCCAGCUGGACUCAAGAGGAAGUUCCAGCCAAAGAGUUGGAUGUGUGGUGUGCUGAACCCCUCUCUGACUUUAAAUCCCUGAGAGUUUAUUGGAAGGAGCUGAACGUUUCCAUCGCUAGAGGGAAAAUCAUAGAGUACAAAGUGAGAGUUGACAGCCAAAGCUUUGGACUGAUCUUCAUCACUAACAUUAGUGCCAACACCAGGAAUUAUUCAGUCCCGUUCUGUGUCGACUGUGAAGUCACAGUGUGGGCGUGUAACUCCAAAGGGCCGUCACCUCCAGCCAGAAUUACAGCCCAUCACACAAAAGUGAAUGUAAUGCAGUUCGAGCCCCCUCAGGAUGUGCAGGUAACUGCAGACAGCCAAAGUGUCACCAUCUCCUGGAGGAAGCCUGACACUGCACCGCUUGACGCAGUGUAUGUGGUGGAGUGGUACCCAGAGGGCCACAAGCUGGAGGAGCUCAGAUGGGUCAGGCUGGGCAGAAAUGACAACCAUACUGUUGUUACAGAUAUUAAACCUUUUGAGUGCUAUGAGGGAGCAGUGCAUGUUCUCUAUAACGGGAGCUCAGUGAGCAGGACCAGGUUUACAGGUGUCAACACUCUGCAGUCAGUUCCAGCAGUUGUUCCAUCGGUCCAAGAGACUGUUGAGGGAAACGAGGUGACAGUGACCUGGAACGAUAUUCCCAGGGGUCAGCGUGGAGGUUGUGUCACCAAGUAUACCAUCUAUUUAGAAAACGACGGCGGAUACCAGCAGGCUUACUCUAUACCAGCAUCACAGAGGAGGCAUGUAAUCAAAGACCUGUCUCCAGGUGUCUACAGCCUGUGGAUGACUGCUUCAACUGCUGAAGGAGAAGGAACUGCAAGUCCAAACGUCAAGUUCUUCAUCCAGCAGGAGACCCAACUGUCCCCUGUGAUCGUGUGUGCAGUCGCCGCCCCGAUCGCGAUGAUUCUGGUGUGUUUGUGCCACUGUUCUGCGGUGAAGGAAAGGUUCUGGGUGUAUUUCCAGUGCCUCAUGCUCGAUAAUGUGCCAGAUCCUGCAAACAGCAAGUGGGCCAAAGAGUGUACCCAGGAGAAGGGCAAGAUGAACCUCCAGCUGCAGCUGAGCAACUCCACUGUAACCGAAGAGGAGCAAGAGCCCAUCUUGGUGGAGGUGGAGGAGGUGCCCAAGCAGAACAGUGACAAAUGCACAUCUAUGGGCACCUCCUCGCAGCUGCCCUCACAAACCAGCCUGAGCCCCGCAGCAGAGCCGGCCACACUGCUCUACCCUCUGACCACCUACAUCAAGAGCUUCUCCCACGACUCAGACAGCUCCGACCACACGCAGACCUCUCUGGACACCAACACGACCGUGGACUACAUCUCAUCACACGGCCCGGGAAAUAUAGACGAGGAGAAUGAGGAGGAGGAGGACGAGUUUGAAGAAAUGCUGGAUUUCUUCCCCAGUCACAACAUCUUCGUAGAGCCACUGCGGUUUGAGGGGAAGUUGACUCUGAACGCGGUCAGAAUUGACUGCAGUGACUUCUUACAGGACAGUUAGUGUUCACCUGAAACCAGAACUCUUUGAUGAGACGAGGUUUGGUGAAGACAGGACGCAGUGGCCGGAGGUGGCGACUGGAUCCCGCUUUCUUUCAACACCAACUACCUCCUUCCUCACUGAAAACUGUAACAAAAAGCUCUGGCUGAAGUCGUCCAGAGCAGCUGUGCAGUGAUCAUUUCUGACUGGAAAAAUACUUAUUUCAUGCAUUACAAUUGUCUUCUCUUCAGAGCAGCGUCGGACACACUAAUGCCAUGAGCGAAAUGAACACAGUACAGUUUGCACGACAGAGUAUCAGAUCAGAUAUUGUCAUUUCUGCCUGUCUAAAGCGAACGGUUUGAAAAAGACAUCCAUAUGCUGGCAGCACUCAUUGGCCAGUACCAGGACCCUGAAACUCAAGCCGCUAAAUUGAAUUCAGCUCUCAUUCAUUUUAUUAUUUGCAGCUGUUUUUUUCGUACUGUAACAUAUCAAACGUCAUGCAUACUCUUAUCAUAGCGUGCAUCUAUGCUACCUCAGUCUUAGCUCAUCUAAAACAGGAGAAAGGUACGUUUGUUAGUGGGUUAGUUACUAUUUUGCUGAAGAUCAGACUCAAGAUAAAUCAAUUCUAACACUCUUAUCUGCAUUUUUAAAUAUCUGAAAACAAGUGUUUGCAGCCAUGCUAGCAGCUCUGUGAGACUGGACACAGCUAAAUGCUAACAUGCUGAUGCUGAGGAGGUAUAAUCCUCUUGGUUUAGCGUGUUAGCAUGCUACAUUGUGUCGGUUAGAGCUCACACUGCAAAGCACAGCAACGUUUUGGAGCUAUCUGGCCGUAAGUUUACAUUUUGAGCUGAUGAUGGCGCCACAUGAUCACCAAGUCAUCCUGCAGUUGAGCUUGAAUGUUCCACAUAUCACCUUAUUCCACGCAGAAGCUGUUUGCAAAUUAUCUUUAAACCAAAAAUGACAACCUGCUGGUGGCGACAGAUACACAGGUAGAAAAAUCAGGGGAUUGUUUUUACUAUAUUUGCACUGAUGCAUCUCAGGUAUGUGGGCACAGGGACGCUGCUGUGCUGUAUAUUGUUUUUUGUACAUAGUGUUAAAUAAUCUAUGUUGCAUCAGCUGAACUCAGAAAAACACUUUCCGACUCUGCUUUGCACAAAGAUGUGUGUUAGAAUUACAAGCUUGAUUUGAUUUCAAUCACCAAAGUAGGGUUCAUCCUCUGGGACCAUAAAUGCCUGUAAAAAAUGUCGUUGCAAAAACAUUCUAUGUAUAGUAUUUUUCUUUGGUCGCUGUAAUUGCUUCAUUUAGUCACGCAGCUGUAAUGAGAAUGAUUUGUUCAUUUUAAUGUGCAAAUAAAGUGAUUUAAUCUCUGA